CGCAAACUCACAUCUAACCUCCCCUUCCCCGACCACAUCACUCUUCAACCAACGCGCCAAACAAAUUCCCUCCUACUCCUAUACACGCUUUAUAGCCUUUUUUAUUCACAACCUUCACAAUGGUCAAGCUCACCGAGGUCGAGGACGAGCACUUCACCCAGGAGAAGCCCCAGCCCAGCAAGCAUGAUGUUUUGCUGGCUUCCGAUGAUGAGGACGACUACACUGAUACUGAAUCCGAAAUCUCCGAGCAGUCCGACGAGGAACUCGACAGCGAGUCCUUCCUGGACCGCCUGUCGGCUCUGCAAGACAUGAUCCCUCCGUCGGCCCGCCGCUCCUUCACGAGCUCCGUCUCCGCCGUCACCAACCUCACCAAGUCCAGCCUGAGCUUCAGCGGCAAGGCCCUGUGGAUCCUGAGCACCAGCGCUUUCCUGGUCGGUGUCCCGUGGGCGCUGGCUUAUGCUGAGGAGGAGCAGUAUAUUCAGCUCGAGCGCGAGCAGGGUAUGAUUAAGGGUGCUAAUGAUAUGCUCACCCCCGGCAUGGCUCCCUCCGACGAGCAGAAGGCUCAGUCCACCAUCUAAAUGAAAAAUACCGACGAAUAUAAAGAUCACAACAAUUCGAAAGAUUCGCCGUGAAUCCGUUGCACUGGCCACUCGAUCCGCUCGACGCUUUUUUGACCUUACGGCUUAUGAUUGUGGUAUACGAUGUCAUCGAUCUGUCCGGCGGAGAAAAGCGUUGGUCAUAAAAAAAACAAAAGGAAAAAGGGAAAAAAAACUGGCAGAAAAGAAGAAGGGAAACGCAACAGCAAAUUGCUGAUUGGUUUGGAAUCAAAAAGGGAAAAUGCUCAUCAUUGGAGCGGAGUGGCCUAGGAAUCAAAAAUGGGCAUUUGCAUGAUCUGGUUUUGUUUCCAACGCGUUGCAGUGCACGAACGGUGUUUCAUCGAUAUUUACCCAUCCCUGUUGAUUGAUCUUUGUUUUCAUGCUUAUGCUCAAUUCUCGUUCGUCUUCUCUCAUCUCUCAUCUCAUCAUUGUUUCGGGAGUCGUGGGAUAUCUCGGGCAAUGCUUGUAUUUGUACAUUUCCUUUUUCUCUCUCUUUCUUUCCUUUUUGUCUCCCCCUGUUGUUAUGUGAGUUCUUCCUUGUGUUUAGUAUAGUAUCGACCUACGUUUUCCGGAUAUGGACUGGAUGAGCGGAUGGUGUUGGGAAUGAAUCAAUCAAUUUAGUUCCUUUCCUUUUUA